GAAGACCUGAAGCAUCCGUCCCAGUCAGGGAUGAUCCCAGGGUCCUGGCAGCACCGUAUGAAGCUGCAGCUCUCCUUCAAGGCGUCCAAGGCCUACUACAUACUGUCAGAUGCUGCCACUAACCUGCUGAAGAACAGCCGGGCCCUGCGCUACAUCAAACUGGCCCUGCAGUGCCACUGUCAGUGUCUCCUCUCCGGCUCACCUAAGCAUGCUGUAGUCAACUGUGGACUGAUGGAUAAUAUGCCUACUGUUCUGUGAGGAGUAUCAUGUACCUGCUGGCGCUACUGUUCCGCAUCCAGUGUCUCUCUGUGUGGCGACAUCCAGCUGUUGCUGGCCCAGAAUGCAAGUAACCGUGCUG